UGGCACAGCUGAGGCGGAUCUCCAGCCUGAUUACGUCCACAUAAUUGAUGACCUAAUUGAAGAGUGGGAGGAGGAGAAAAGUUAACUUGUUCCUCCUGCGCACACUUCCACAGCUGAGGGCAUUGAUGUGAUCGCAGAGGCGUCCAGCGUUUUACUCGCACUUCUUCCCCCCAUCUUUCACCCUCACACACGGAGCACAAAUCCACUUUUUCACCUUAGCCGCGUUUCCUUUUUCUCUCUCACGCCCCCCUUUUUUUCCCCUUCUUUUUUGGGGGAACAUUUCCUCUCUCGAGGCACCAAUUGUCUUCAGAAAUAUUAAAAGAGAACCCGUCACCGCCUCACCUCGCCACCUCAAGUUGAACGGUCUCCACCGGACUGUCACCGCAGCCGCAGCCCACUUUGGGGCACUCUCACCCGGCUCGCAAGCACUCGGCGCCGCGGCAGAAACGGCAUCUUCAACAUGAGCCUCAAAGCGGACACGGAGCCCAGCAGCAACAACAACAACGUCUCCAUGGAGGAGGAGGUACGGACGUUGUUCGUCAGUGGCCUACCAGUCGAUAUCAAACCACGGGAGCUGUACCUUCUCUUCAGGCCAUUUAAGGGUUAUGAAGGGUCACUGAUUAAGUUAACAUCAAAACAGCCUGUUGGGUUUGUAACCUUUGACAGCCGGUCUGGAGCUGAGGCUGCAAAAAAUGCUCUAAAUGGCAUCCGUUUUGACCCCGAAAGCCCACAGACCCUGCGCUUAGAGUUUGCUAAAGCCAACACGAAGAUGGCAAAGAGUAAGCUGAUGGCCACACCGAACCCCACAAAUAUCCACCCCGCUCUAGGAGCACACUUCAUUGCACGGGACCCAUGGGCGGCACUGAUCCCGGCCUCCCCAGAUGCCUGGACCCCUUACCCGCUCUACACAACCGAGUUGACCCCCGGCCUUCCUCAUGCGGCCUUCACGUACCCGGCGGCUGCAGCCGCUGCCGCAGCCCUCCACGCCCAGGUGAGGGACCAACCGAUGCGCUGGUACCCUACUCCUUCUGAGACUUCCCAGCCUGGAUGGAAGUCCCGGCAGUUUUGUUAGAUAUUUAGUCUCUGGAAACCACACUUUUGUCCAGUUAAAGUGAGGUUUGCCAAGCUCUUUGUUAAUUUAAUCAGGUUUAUUUAAUGGACAAAUGUGCAUUAGGAACAGUAUUUAUGUCUUCCCAAUUGUGUCUGGGGGGAGUUAAACCAUCUUGCUGUCGACAAUCACCCAUCGUGGUACCAUCUCAGCACUCGAUAAACUCGUGUUAGGCCCUUCAAAGCUCCUUGGACCGUCGUUGCUGAGGAAAACCAACACCUUGAAGUCCUUGUACAGCUAUAGUCUGUGGCCGCGUAAGGUUUAGAUGUGUGAUGUUGCAUGUUCAAGUCUUUCUGGCAUGAAUUUAGAACAGAAGUCUGUGUAUCCUGUUUUUCCCUAGUACCUGUGUUGCCUCUUUAACUUUUUGGUCAAGACAGCGAAAUGUUUUUUUUUUUUUUUUCUUGUAGCGCCUUGGUCUUACCUUCUGUCAAAGCUUGGUUGUUCAGUCGAUGGCUUAUCUCGCAUGGACCUUGUGAAGGUGUCCCCAUGUUCAUGACAAUCCCUACGCUCAUAUCAGUUUGAGCAAAAUAAAGUACUUUAUUUAGUAUUUUUGUACUUAUUAUUUUUUGCGUAUUGUGUAUUUGUCUUUUUGUGCAACUAAAUGAACAUGUAUAAGUUG